GGUAUUUGUAAUAAACACACAAGAAACAAAAAUCCUAUCACAGUCCUAGCAGUUGCAUCCAACAAAGAGAGAGCUGUGAGGUAGUGCGUGCUGCUUCUUUCCCCAGAUACCCCUGGGCCUCAGGCCUGCACCCAGUGAGCUGGACCAAGAGCAGCCAGGUUGAAAUUCCUGCUGCCAUGGCAGGAUUCUGCAGGAACAUUUCCCUUUGACAACAAGGAACCUGUGUGGAGGAGACCUCUUGGUGAGUCCUCAAGGACUCUAAGUGUCUUAUUCUACAGGGAGACCCUGCCAGGUCUUUGGCAAGGCCAGCCAGUUGUUUCGGGAAGUCUCUGGUCCUGUGGCAGAGGGCGAGGAAUGGCAGAAAGAAUGGCAGCUCCACUGAGAGCAAAGGAUAACCCUUCUAUGCCUAUGACCUCCUAAUUAAUUUAUCUUCUCACCUGAUGCCUAUUCACAUUUUCUUACUAUCAUACAACUGUGAUCUUGAUGAGCAGCUGGGCUCUUGUUUUCUUAAUCAGUUCUUUGUUGUCACAGACGUUUUUAACUUACUCCAGCCCCUGAGACUUACUCAUACCUUCUGUAUGCAGUAGGACCCUUGGUGGGCCUAUCAUCUCAAAAUUAGAAGGUUCGGUAAUCCAAAAGAUUGGACUCCAGUUUACCUCAGGCUAGGAAAGAAGUCAGCCACCAUUAGUAAAAAAGAGCAAGGGAAAAAUUACAUAGGAAAAAGAAGUGGCUUAAUCAGUAGAAAAGAUCCUCAACUUCUAAGGCCCGCACAUCUGCACCCCUCUCUUCUGAGCUUUGCAUAGUGAUGUAUAACUCCAGAUGGUAGUAAAAGGCAGAGUUCUUCCCAGAAAGGUCAAACAUGAUUUUCACUCUUACAUCUGUGAGGUUGGGUGGCAUUAUAGCACACAUUCAGGUGGAAUUAUAACACCUAGGAUAAGAAGACAGAAUCCACAUAUCACAAUGCCAAAUGGACACCCUCCUGAACUUAUGGACCCAUUGACAAAACCAUUGCCUCUUGUGUACCAUCUGGAUGAAGUACCAAGUUCACAGACAGUUCUUCACCAACUUCCCAAACCAGCGAACUGGAGUAUGAAGAAAGCCAAGUCCAAGGCAUUCAAAACCAGCAUCCUCACGAAUGCCACCAGGAAAGGCUUUGGUAAAAGACGGGAAGUACUGAGACAGUUGGCCCUCAUACACUCAGAGAAGACUGUGCCAGGAGAAUUGGGGAAGGAUUGUGGGAGAGUAAUCAGGUAUCAGUAGUCAAGAAAAAGAAAAAAAUAUAAAUAGAAAUAAAAUAAAGAUCUUUAACAAAAUGGGACAUAAUGUAUUGCUGAACUAACUCUACUCUGUUUACACUUGCACAUGCUUUAACAUCUACAGUCAUUUACAUAUACUAUGUAUACAGCAAAGAUUAAUGUAGCAGAGAACAGGCAGAUCAAAGAUCCAUUGUUCCCUCACAUCUAUGUGGCUCUGCUUCCCUUUAUCAGGACUAUGGAGGCCUCUGCUCAUCCAGGACUCAGGGCUCAACCAAAAUGCAGUCCCCUAUGAUCUCUGGCCAAGUGCUCUUCUGUUCCCAGUAGAACUCUGCCUCAGGCUGCAGAGGCACUGAAGGGUUCACCUUCUAGGUACAACCACUCUUUCAGUCUUUCCAGGCUCUCUGUUACUCAACUGGAGGCUUCAGCAGAGGCCUUUCAUCUCAAUAACAGAAGUUUACCUGAUCCAAAACAUUGGGAAGCCAUCCUACACUCCUGAUUGGCUGGUUACCUGAGACCAAACAACAUAGCUCUCUUCUGUAUGCCUGUUUUCCUGAUUUGAAAGUAAAUAUUGUGUGCAUCUGUGGUGUUCGUGGUAAGAAAAAAUCCUUAACAUGAAUAACAGGACCAUGCAGAGCAUGGCUUUACAUUCUAUGUACAAAUUGAAUAGCUAGAUGGAAUUACCAAAGAAAACAAUAAGAAUCCUAACAACAAUUACAGAAAUAAUGAAAUGAAAUAAAACAAAAACAAAAGCAAAAACAACAAUACUUUGUGGGUGCUGGAAUUUAAGGCACGUAUUAAUUUUGACCAGCUUUGUAGGUAUUUCCAAUUAAAAGCAAACAAACAAACAAACAGCCUUAUUAAAAGUGCUGCAGGUGCAGGAGAGAAAGGUGGGAGAUGUCCUGUGCUGCUGCCCCCAUGCUGUGAUUCUGCAGCAACAACUUCCUUGGGAAUAGGAACCUGUAUGCAGUGGGAUCCCUUGCUGGGCCUGUCAUCUCAAAAAGAGGGGCUUCCCUAAUCCCAAACCUUGGAAUCCAGUUGACUUCAGGCCAGGAAUGAAGUCAACCAUCAUUAGUGAAAGAGCAAGGGAAAAAUUACAUAGGAAAAAAUAUGUGCCUUAAUCAGAAAAGAUCCUCAACUUCUAAGGCCUCCACAAUCUCCACCCCUCUCUUCUGAGCUGUGCAUAGUGAUGUUGUAUAACUCCAGAUGGUAGUAAAAGGCAGAGUUCUUCCCAGAAAACUCAUACAUGAUUUUCACCCUGACAUCUGUGAGGUGAGGUGGCAUCAUAUCACAGAGUCAGCACACCCAGGAUAAGGACACAGAAGCCACAGAUGACAAUGCCAAAUGGACUCCCUCCUGAACUUAUGGACCCAUUAAAAUUGAGGUUUAGUCUAACCUUAGGCCAUUCCACUCCCUGCCCAUCCGCCUGAUUUUUAUGUUUGCUCUGAGUAAAAGAUCAGCGUGUAGCCCCAAAUAUCCUCAGGAUUGGACUUGGAAAUUCAGGAAGAACGAUAUUGGAAAAGGGAUGGCUAUGUGGUUACAAUGUGGUAACACAAGGUCCAGGUUGACGUUUGUUCGCUGAUGUCCGAUUUCACUGUCUUGUUAUAUUUGAGAAAGGGAGGAUGUCCAACUUAAUAUAUAAAAGGUACAGAAAUUUAUUAUUUUAUAUAUGCCCUGUAGUUGAUCCCUAUGUUUCAAGAAAAAAGGAGUUUUUAUUCUAAAAAAAUAAGAUAAUAGACCAUUGAUUUUGUGAAAUACAUGGAUAUGUAAAUAAAAACAAUGUCAACUGUCAAGGACUGCACAGUAAGCAAAUAUUUCCAGGUUUUAUACACUCAGAGGUCUAGAAGAAACAUAUUGGCCUCCAUAAAAAGGAAAACCUUAGGAAUUGAAAUGUGUGUCACAUGCAUUGUCUCGAGUAGUAGAUUUACUUUUAAGAAAAAACUCCCUCUUCCUUGGUCCCUAGAGAUUUGGGUGCUAAGAAAAAUCUGUUCUCUCAUUCAGGUUGUAAGCAGCCCUCCCCAGCAAAAGCACUGUUGAGUUCUAAUGAUGCACAGAGAAACAUCUAGCUUAGCAAUAGAGGUUGCCAAAUGCUAUUCCCAGUGAUGUAUGAGAGACUGGAGGAAAGUGUCCGCACAGAAAUUGAUCAAUUUUUGGAGAGCUAGUUAGCAGGUAGGUCAUAGAACUUCCCAGUGGCAUCAUCAGUAAGCCCUUCACUGGACAAUCUAUUGUAUCUAAGAGAUCCCUAGAAUCUUCUGUGAUGUCACCAGUGUUGUGGUGACACCAACUGCCUUUGGGAUAUUACUUCAGUUCCCUUUGGGUUCACAAACAGGCAUGUUUCGCCAGCCGCUCAGGCUAUUUCAGAAGGAAAGUGUUGAUCAAGGAGAGACCACACCAAGGCUGAAGGAAGAUGACCUCCUCUCAUCUUCCUUGGAAGGAAGGAAAUCAUUCUGGGGAAGGCUUGGUUUUGGUAGGAAGGCAUCAUCCCAAAAUGUCAUCAGUAAGCAAGAGGAGUGUUUAAAGGAACUGGAGGAACUUAAAUUUGAAAUCCAGAAGUGUCAAUUCGAGAGGGAUGAAUUUUAUCAAAUCCUGGACCUUUAUAUCUAUGAUAAUUGGGACCACAGGCUGGAUGUCGAAUUGCCAAUACUUCAAUCCGAACAUGAGAUGAGAAUGAUGGCUAUGCAAAUGAUGACCAGUUCAAUAAGUGAGGCCAUGGAGAGGUACAAGGAGCUCAUACAAGUGAACAGUUCCUACCGCAUCAGGCACUCCCAGCUUCUGCGUGAACAAACUCAAUUGAAGAACAAUAUACAGAUUUUGCUGAAUGAGAACAGAGAACUGCUGGUGGAGCAGACUGAAAGGCCAGCAUCAUGUGUGGAGGCAAAGAGGCUCUGUGAAGAGGCCGGAAUGAACAUCUGUGUCCCCAGUGCAAAGGAACAGCAGGUCUGAAAUUCUCCAGGAGAAACUCGAACAAGACACAAACCAGGGCAAGAUCUCCCUUGGAGAGAAGUGCUACAGGAGGAGAACUAAGUGUGCACAGCAAAUACACCACUAUUGCAUCUCAUCUGUAAUGUCCAUAGCAAUUGUGGACUGCAUUUUCCUCCUUUAGUUUUAUUUCUUUGGAUUGAAUAGGCCGUACUUUCACCUCCCCACCCUCCAGCAAGUGUAAACUUUUGGAGGGACUCAGAGAAGUGCUGGUGCACAUCAAUCAAGAGGUGCUGGUCAUCCAGAAAGACUGUGCACGUGUAAAUGUGUACUUGUCCUGGUGGGUCAUCCAGAAGAGUUUCAUGGAGAUCAGUUCACAACAUUGGAAAGACUUUGAGAUAAAGUCUGUAAUAUCAUUUCUACUCAGUAUUGGAUGGCUUUGUCCUUAAUACCCCCACUCCAACAAAACAGACCUACUUCCACUCCUCUUGGAAAGAUUAUUACCACCAGUAACUGCUUGUCUACUGUGUCUCCAAGGAAAGACACAGGCUAUAAAUCUAUUCUGCAGAAGGAGCAGCAAAAAAUGCUUAGCGCAGCUCCUCUAUUUAAAGUGUGGCUGAGUUUUGAUUAUUUUGGUUAUUUGGUUUUUCUCCUAUUCAUUUGAAGUUUUGUUAUUUAUGUCUUGUUGUUUUGUUCAUUUGGUUUUCUAUUUUGAUAAGGAUAUAGACUGUAUAUAUUGACAACCUGCAUCUGGUUACUAUCAUGUAAAUUGGAUGUAUCCUGGUGAAAAAAAGAGUAAUCUCAAACUCUUCACUCUUAAGAACCUUCUUUAUUGAUCAUUAGUGUCAACAUCUGAAGUCCCACAGCUAUCAGGGAGGGAUGGAUCUCUGCAUUCUCAUGGGGACUGGCAUCAAAAUCACUUCCCAGUCAGACUGAGAUUCAAAGGCAAUUAUACAGUCACUGUUCACUGUGUUCCAAACUCUGUGAAUUUCAACUUCAUAUUGCAUAUAUUACCCACUGUGUAUGCUUAUUGUCAAAUAUAUACUUACCUCUAAAUUA